AUGAUUAGAACGAAGAAAGAGUCAUUUAAUACACUUCGUGAAUUUGAAGAAGAUGACAGACAGAGACUAAAGAAAGAACUUAAGCAAAGGAAACAAUUCUUAAUUUCAAUCAUCGAAAGCAAAUACGGUAAGCUUACAGCCGAUUUACAGGAAAUGUAUCAAAACUCAAACAAACAAAAGGAAACAGAGAUAAUUAACCAAUCAUUAAUAAAACUUAGAGACAAACAAGCCUCUUUAGGAGAGAUUGUGAAAACAAGUAAUGUAGAAGAGUUCGUUAAGAGUUUUAACAUACUAAAUGAAGAAAUUAAAAAAUUAUUACAAAAUAUUCCUGACGAAAAACAAGUUUCCUUUCAACCAGGAAUUUCUGAUAUACAUUUUGGUUCCUUUGGCUACAAAUCAAAAACUACCGAAAUCAAAAACAUUUCAUCCUUGACAAGUCUAGAAACCGUACGAAUAAUUCAAACAAACCAUAACGAAGUGGACAUGAUUUGUCCGAAUAGUAAUGAUACAACAUGGAUUGGCGGUCAGAACGAUGCACGAGUCCAACUGAUUCAAAAUUCAUCUGGACAAUCUAUUAAAGAAAUUGAAACUAACGUCAGCAAUGGCUGUGUUAGAUCAGACAUACUCUACUUGUGCUGUUUGAACGAAAAAUCUGUCCUUGCAAUUUCAUUGGAUGGAACUGUCACCACGAUUAAAGAAAUGCAACCUCUUUAUCCAGUAUGCAUUUAUGUGACAUCUACAGACGACAUACGGAUAGGCGCAAUAAGUGAGCUUGACAACUACGAUCUGGAGUCCAAAAACAGAAGAGUUGUGAUAACUAUGAACGAUAAAGGGGAAGUUAGAAAAGAACUUUCGCAAGACGUAAAUGGUAUAAAGCUGUUUGUAAAACCUUAUCGCUGUAUUGUUAAUGAACUUAAUAAUGAGCUUGUCGUUCUGGAUAAAACUAGUGGAGGAAAUGGGAGAGUCGUCUGUAUUUCACCCAACGAUGAGAUCAAAUUUAGAUACUUCGGAAGAUCGUCAGAUGAAUUAGCAUAUGAAUUUAAUCCAUUGGGGAUAGAUAUUGCAACGAAUUAUAUCAUUGUGUUGGAUUUUUCAAACCAUGCAUUAGAUAUCGUGAAUGACGAAGGCUACAUGAUAAAAUGGGUCUCUAUUGAAAUGAAUGAGAUAUGUUCCUUGGCCUUUGAUUCUGCAGGACAACUCUGGUUAGGAAAUCAUGACAAAACUCGUGCUGAAAUAUUCAUUACAAGAUUGAAGUAA